UCAUUCACAAAGUAGUUUGAUGCAGUUGUCGCCUUUGAAUGACAAGUCCAACAACAACUUUUCAAGGGUCACUAUUCAAGCUCAGACCAGUCAUGUGUUUUUGUCUUGGUGGUUUGAUAUUGUAGUCAUUGCAUUACGCUUCAUCGCUCGCUCUGCAUCUGCCCGAAUGACCUUAGUGUUUCCCGGAACCCAUGUAACAAAUGUAUGAUGAAAAUUAUGCUGAUGCAAGCUCAAUGCUAAUAUAUGUGUGCUGUAAAAUGAGUACUGUUUCCCUUUUUGGCGCUCUGUCCAUCUCUCUCGGUC